AUCUUUCACUAUUAGUGCAACAGAGAACAAAAUAAAUCAGUUUCAUUUUAUAUUUUCAGUGACAGCUUUUAGUAAUGCACCUAAGAGAACUGAACAUGUCUGAAUAUAAUCUACACCUAAUUUUAUGGGAUUUACAUGAAUAUACGAGUAUUGCAAUACAGUGCGUAUACUGAUACUGCUUCACCAGUUGAAUGCAGUUCCUUUAUCUGUUAGGUGGUGGCCAUUGCUACAAUACAUCAAUAAACUUGAAAGACCUUGUCAGCUUAUCAACUUCACAUAGAUAGCCAUUAUCAAUGCUUCUGAGAAUCCAGAUAAGUGAAGGUUCAGUUUGUGAACAUCACCAGUAUGGCAAGAACAAUACUGUGGAAAUUAAGUUGCUUACACAUGGAUUGUAAUUACAGCCACAUACAUAACAUGGCAAAGACAAUUUAAAACUGCUAUGGAAAGUAAAAAGUCAGUUUUGGAUACAAAACCACAAGAGAUAUUGGGAUACAUUUUGACAGCUGAACAACAGAUCUGGGUGUACUUUUUAGUGGCAACAGGAUUCAAAUGUGCAAUAUAUGUGUUUGACUUAGCAUCUGGAAUUGCAGUCGUGAAUGAACAUUACAAGGCAGGUGACAAUGUCUGGGGAACACUUACUCUGUUGCUUAUGUAUUUCCCAUCUUUUGUCUUUUUUAUUAUUAUUAUAUCAAGACCAGACUUGUGGGAUGAGCAAGAUGGAAUUCCUGGUACUGCAAAGUGGUUUGGUUACCGCACUGUACAAUUCCUUGUUUACCCCAUCUGGGUUAUGCACAGAUAUGCUAAACAGUUAUUCUGGUCAAUUGACGCUCUCUUACAUGAUGAGAAAGAGCGUGAGGAAGCCCUUCUGACAGCUAACCGGCCAAGCCAGACAGAAUUGUAUUUGUUCUUACAACCAUUCCUACAAUCAAUUCCACAAGCUUUCCUUCAAGUCUACAUCAUGCUUGCUCACUAUCAACUAGAUAAACACAUAAGCCAGAUGCAAAUUUUCUGUGUAACAUCCUCUCUUAUGCUAGUGACACACAAAACAGUGUCCUUCUUAUGGUUUGAAAGCCAGAAAAUUUUACAAAGGAAAGAGCCGUGGAAUUUGAAAACACCCUUAAUACUACAAACCUCUCAAACAUCAAAUGAAAAAAUAACCUUAAAUAUGUCAAAGACCAAGGCUGAAGAGAGUGAGUUAGCAACACCAUUCCUUCAGCCUCGUAGAUUUCCAACCACGGCAUCUGAUCACCGCAUGACCAGUUCCAUGCAUGAUGAUGAGGAAAACACUCACAACGAGCCUACAGACACUGAAAAUGGAACGCUACUGCCAGAACAUUCAACUCCACCUAAACGCAUAACAAAUCCAGAGGAAAUAGAAGUAAAAAGAAUGAGUACUCAACCAUCACUUCCUGAGGACCCUGCUCCUUCUCGGCCAGAUUCAACAAAUAUUAGCUUGCCUAGACGUAAAAUCAGAAAAAAAAAACUAUAUGGGAUGGAUGAGGAAGAUGCCCUUGCAAAGAUUGUAGCUUUCCUUUGGUGGUUCUUUUUUCUCUUUUCCCGCAUACUGUCUUUAGCAUCUUGUGCAAAUUUUCAGCCUUAUGUAAUGCUUGGAAUACUUGUGAUACAUUACAUCAUCAUUACGAGUCACUUGCUACACCAAACAGGUUUGUGCAGCAUUUACAAAGUAUUUACCCAAUUAUGCUUGGGUUAUGUGUUCACUUUCUGUUUCAUUGAAUUCAGAUAUAAACUUAAAAAUGUGACAGUGUUUUACAUAUGCUACUUUUUAUUAAUGAUAGUGGAGAUCCUUAUCAUGUCUCUUUCAUGGUUUUUAUCUUCUGAGCAGGACAGUUUCUGGCAUAGAUUUGUAUUUACCAUUAUAUUUGGUAGCUGUGCUAUUAGUUUCCUGUCAAUGGCUUUGUAUUUAACUAUUCUGAAACCAAAAGUGAAAACAGUGUAUGUUGAAGAAACCUCACACCCACAAUCAACAACAGAUUCUACAGGAAGAUGCUGCAGAUGUAUACCCACAAUUCAUUCAUAAUAAUCAACACUAUCAAUGGCUAUAUCACUACAUUAAUUGGUAGUAAUCCAAUACCACUAAAUGAACAGAAAGCACUCAAUAAAAACAUAAAGACCAUCACUUUGAAGAGCACUUACAUUAUAGUAGUAUGUACUUACCUCUAUCUUACAUUACAAUGAUUCAUAAAUGAUUUAUUGAAGACUGGCACUGUAUAGGUAGCUCCUACCAACAUUUUAUGAAGGCUACGUGACAUAAGAUUUCAUUCUUAAUAAGAUUUAAACAUAAAGAUAAAUGUGAUGUAAGGAUUGCAUGCUAUAAAAAUGCUUCCAGCAUCAUCAUUUUUAAAUACCUGCAUCCAGCAACUCCAAUGUGGCAGCUUAAGUUUUGGAUUGUGUCCAAUCCCAGAGCAAUAGUACAUGGAAACAUAGCAACUUCCUGCGGCAACUUGAAUUUAGGGAUGGUAGAAUUUACAACUUUUAUUCCGCAUUUGUUAAAUGAAAAGAAUGUAUGUAGUAACAUACAACAGCCCACAGAAUUAUACCUGUGGAAUACUGAGACACAGGCAACCUAGCAGAAGAUGAGAGGAUUCGUUCUGAAACAAGCGGGGUCUGAGGUUCAUUAUGCACCUGCUCUUUGUUAAUGUCUCGACCUUCAACUGGCAGUAAACAUGUUACACAACAAUUUAAAGUUCUGAGGAAGCUAAUCUACUUUAAACUGAGGCAGCAGAGUGGCAGGGGUGGGGGCAACUAAAUAUUUUGCCACCUGAAAUAGCAUUUAGGCUUGCCCAGCCCUUGAAUAACCAAUACUGAAACUACUCGAUGUAGGUUGAUAAAGAGCUUUGAAAAAAUUUAAGCUUCUAUUAAUAUCAGUUCUCUUUAAGUAAUGGCCAUCCAUGUACCCAAUAUAAUGACACUUAAUAAACUACUACUGCCAGGAACCUGUAAUUUACAAAAUAUUAAUAGAAACAAAUCUAUAAUACUUUGUGUUUAAAUGUAGCAACACAGUGAUUUGUGAAGCUUCAAGGUUAUAUUUAGACCAACACCAUCUACAUGUUGAAGAUGACAUCACUGUUGAAUCAUAGUGUUAAUAGUAAUAUACCAAACGUGUGUAGCUAGUUUUUGUUCUGUAUGCCAUUAAGUGUGAUACAUUAAAUACUGUAUACAUAACAAAAUAUGAUUUCAUAAUUACCUGUAAUAAAUAUGCCAAAAUUUGAGAAUUCUUUCCUUCUGAAAGGACACAAAUUAUAUGAAAUUUUGAAUUAUGAUCCUGCAAACUAUACACCAACUAGCAGUGUUCAUCUGAAUCAUCCAAGUAAAACUUUCUGCAGUUACAUAAGUGGGUUCAAUAGAAUUUCAGUAUUUUUUUCCUUAUUUCUUUACUUAUUUUUUAAUUACUUAAUUUCUUUCUCCAUUUCUUUCUGUUCUUUGUUCUUUUUGCCUUUAAUCUCCUACCCAAAUUUGUACAUUAAAUAUCUUGAAAGUCAGGUUUUUUCUGGCUUAUGACACAAAUGUUCUUUCUCUGAUACCCUACAGGAAAUGCAGUAGUGAAAAACAUAAUAACAUGUCAAUAUUUAUAACAUAAAGUGUAGUACCAUUGCUAUGCAACAAUCAUAAGACAGUACAUGUACUGCUUGGUAAUGGCUCUGCAAACACAUUCCCACAGAAACGAUAUUCAGUCUAGCACUAAGCAACCGCCCAUGACAACAACAGAAGAUUGUUGGAGGCAAUGGUUUCUGUUGGGUCCACCCUGAGGUUAUAUAAGGACAAUAACCCAGCUGCAGUCAGUUGUCAGCGGUUCAGUUUAGUGAAGUGACUUUAACUGUUUCUUGCAUCCUGUUGUGUAUUUAAUCAAUAUUAGAGUCAAUUUUACCGGUAAAAUUGACUCUAAUAUGGAUUAGUGAAGUGAAAUAGUUGACUGGUGAGUGAAAGAGCUCAGGAGUGGAGUGGUAACCAGACGGUAACAGUGCAACCACAGAAGCUGAAGAAUCUCCAUUCCUAACAUUUGUUAGCAGGAAACGUCUAGUGAAAACACAGCAGAGGAAUAGCCAUUGCUAAGAGCUGUUACCAAGUAACAACUAAUGAAAGCAGUCUUAGAAAGCUCAGUAUGGAGUGAUCUGUUGAUUUGUAAUAUGGAAAUAAAACAAUAGUAUUAAUUUGUAGUUACAACCUGUAAGUGGUCUAUGAAUCUAUUCACCAAUCCACAUUCCAUCUAUAGUUACACAUACCCAUGACAAUAGCAACUAUUUUCUGCUAAAUAUUGUUUUACUUUUCCAUUUCUGCAUCAAACUAUUUUUGUUUUAAAUGCAUAAUUUUAUGCUGCUUCUCACUGUAUAUGCUCAGGUCAAUGAAAUUUUCUGAUAUAGGCAAAUUUCAGUCUAAGACAGGUUCAAUUUUAGACAUUUUUACUGUAUUAUCAUUAUUGACAGAUAUGUUCCUAAAUGGCCUCUUACCAGAUGUACAGCCUAGUAGAAAAAAAUACAUGUGAAGAGAUGGAUUUACAAUAACAACAAAUUAAAAACACUCAACUUAUAUUGAUGGACAACACAAACACAGAAUAAAUGCAUAAACACACCAAACAUCCAUGUCUUGACCUGGGAUUUGAAAAAGUGAUUCCAGUGUCCAAGUGAGCGAAAAGAGUUCAUGCCUUAGACUGCGUGGCUACUGUGACCAGCAUCUAUAAACUUAUCACCACAUGACAAUCAUAUGGUAAGCACUGUAUCUAUGCGCUUUAACUGAAUGCACUUCCAUGGUGUGCAUUACAAAGUUUAUUUCUUAAAAAAAGUGUCCAUCUCCUAUUCAUCACAACACUUUACAUUACUUUACAUUCAUGCACAUAAUUUUGGCUUCAUCAGAUGUCUUCAGUUCCAGAAACAUUACAAAUGGCUGACCAUGCCAAAAUAACUCUGCAAGUGAAGUAAUGAAAAGUGUAGAUGGACAAAUGCAAAAAAAUAAAUUGAAACAUCCCUUUCCUGCAGUCAGAAAAGGGAAGUAAAGAAAUACAGGUGGAAAGGGCAUACUUGAUUACCAACAGCAUUCUUCAAGCCUUGUUAACAUUACUAAAAAAUGGGAAUAAUUGAAUCUAAAUUAGUGAAUCAUCCAUACAGAAUUUUAAUAUCUACAGAGGUUUAUGAGAUACAUAAACAAAUUUUAUUUAGUCUUACACAAACUAGGCUUCAUUAUGAAUAUAUAUGGCUGAAAAUCAGAAUUUCCUACCAAUUUUGGUAGAAGUCUCUCAUACUGAAUUUCAAUAAAGUCUGUAAACUGAUUAAAGGGGUAUAUGAAAAAGUAUAUUUAUGGCCAUUUGCAAACCAGGCUUUAUUAUGGAUAAAUACGGAUGAAAACUGGAACUUCCUCUUACCUUUUGGUACACAUCUUCCACACCAAAUUUUAACAAUAUCUGGGAAACAAUUUGUGGGAGACACGGAAAAUUCCUUUUUUGGCCUUAUACAAACCAGGCUUUAUUACUGAUUAAUACAAUUUAAAAUUAAUUUCCUGAUAAGUUUUAGCCAAGGUCUCCUGCUUCAAAUUUUAAUAAAAUCUGUCCAAAAAAGGGGGUAGAUACCAGGUCAUGUUUUCCAUUUUAUGAAGAAAGCCUCAAAAAGAAUUAAACACAAAACCUUAGGAGUGGACAAAGAAUAACGAAGAUGACACAAUCUUGAUGAUGGUUAUGAUGAUGAUGAUGAUCAUCAUCAUCAUCAUCAUCUCAUAAAUUAUAGUGUAUGGCCUUCACUAAUAGGCACAAAUAUGUUUACUGAGAUCAAGCAUUUUUCUAGACUGCAUAUUAAUUUUCUUUCCUUGUGUGUCUUAAAACAUAAAGU